CGCGGGCCGCCGGCGAUGGCCCCGCAGCAGGGGCGGCCCGCUCUGGCCGCGCGCUGUGAGCCCCCGCCAGUCCCGCCUCGCCGGGAACGCGGGGGGCGCGGGGCGCGCGGGCCCGGGGCGCCGGGGGGCUGGGGGCGCGCGGGGGGCGCCGAAGGGCGCGGCGUCAAGUGCGUGCUGGUCGGCGACGGCGCGGUAGGCAAGACCAGCCUGGUGGUGAGCUACACCACCAACGGCUACCCCACCGAGUACAUCCCCACCGCCUUCGAUAACUUCUCGGCUGUGGUGUCAGUGGAUGGGAGGCCCGUGAGACUCCAGCUCUGUGACACUGCAGGACAGGACGAGUUUGACAAGCUGAGGCCCCUCUGCUACACCAACACAGAUGUCUUCCUACUCUGCUUCAGUGUGGUGUGUCCUGCAUCGUUCCAGAAUGUCUGUGAGAAGUGGGUACCUGAGAUCCGGUGCCACUGCCCCAAAGCCCCCAUUAUCCUGGUUGGGACACAGUCAGACCUCAGAGAGGAUGUCAAAGUACUCAUUGAGCUGGACAAAUGCAGAGAAAAGCCAGUGCCUGAGGAGGCAGCGAAGCUGUGCGCUGAGGAAAUCAAAGCCGUCUCCUAUAUUGAGUGUUCAGCCUUGACUCAGAAGAACCUCAAGGAAGUAUUUGAUGCUGCCAUUGUGGCUGGCAUCCAGCACGCAGACUUCCAGCAGCAGCCAAGGAAGUGUAAGAGCAGAGCCCCGGACAAAGUGAGGACCCUCUCCAAGUCCUGGUGGGGGAAAUACUGCUGCCUAGCAUGACACUGUGGGGCUGUACAGACAGCCACCUCUGAGGUGGUGCCAAGGGGAAUGACUGUGCGUGUGGGCAUGUGUGUGUGUUGUGUGUGUGUGUGUGUGAGAGAGAGAGAGCACAUGCACAGAAGAGCCCUCAGCUUGUGCAUUCCUCCAUCCCUUAAAUUUUCUUGCUUGUUGGAGCUUAGGGAUGAGAUUCUUAUGCCAGAUAAGAAAGUUAAAGGAAUUUUGGAGUAAGUUAAGAAUUUUUCACAACCCUGGAAAUUUAGAGCUCUAGACCUCUGGAUUAAUUUAUAUCUAAUAUGGAAAGAGCACCUCAAAGCUGGAUGUCAAGAAUGAAAUUUUGAUAUAUUAACAUGUACAGAAGGAUAGAGGGGGGAGUUGUGGUUUUGACCCUCUGGACUGAGGGCUGCUUGGUGCUUGGUGCAUUGUGUGCACAUGGCAGCCUUUGUGGAAACAGCUCAGCUUUGAAACUCCAUGCAAAACUGUACCUUUUGCUUUUUAAGAGCAAAGUCUGAGAAAACAGAACUGCCUACAGAACCUCAAACCCAUCCUUUUGUCACCGACUAAUACUCAAUUGCUUGAGUUUUAAAACAACCAAAAAUAAACCAUCCUACUGACUCCUGGUACCAGGUAGACCAAAAAGGAAGUUUGUUUGAAAUUGGGAAUUUUUUUCAUCCUGAAACCAGUUGUGCCCACACCAUAUGAAAAGAGCCAAAAUGCCCUGCUGAAGGCCCUGGUGCCACAGCUGUCCUACUGUCUUUAGGGAUGACUCCGAUUAAGAUCAGAGCAUGGUGUUUGUUCUCGGGACUAACUUGUCCCUAGGCUGUCUGGUCCUGGUGAUGGGACAGAGGGAGCUCCUGCCUGGUGUCUUAAGCUAUACCCUGUUGCCCAUCUACAGGAUGGUGAUUGCAGUGAGAGGUACAGCAGAUGCUGUGGGACACUGGCACCUUUUCCUUUGAGUCAGGCAAAAUGUCCUCUGUGUGCAUGGAGAUGAACACACGCGUAGGUGCGUGGUAUCUGCUGCUGCUUCAGACUUUUGAAUGGUUAAUGGGGAGAGAGGCCACAAAGCCUGUCAGAAUGGUUUAGCUUCCUCUUCUUAUCACCACUUCUUUGAACAGACAUCUUUUUUUUUUUUUUGGUACCAGGGAUCCGAACUCAGGGCCUUGCACUUUCAAGGCAGGCGUGGUGCCGCUGAGCGAAAUCCCCAGCCCUGAACAGUCAUCUUUUUGAUUAUACAUUAGCUAUGACUUUAGCAUAUCUUAAUUUGCACAUUUUUGAGACCAACCAUUUUAAAACCAGUAAAACAAACACAUCUAGAGACCUGUUAAGACAGUUCACUCCCCAGUGGCUCCCAGAGGCCUGCAGCAGAGACAGCACUGGGUCAGGGCCAGGUGUGGCCACCAGGAGGACGUUGGGCCAGGGCUCCACCCAGGUGCUUCAUUUCUGUAGGACAGUCGAAAAGCCAUACUCUUGGCACCCUUAGGGUGGUGAUCUGAAGACAGUCCUGAUGAGAAUCCUCUCAGAUGGGAUGGGUCUGCUUCUGAGGCCCCAGUGGCUGGACACUGAAUCAUAGCAUUAGGCUUGCCCUGGGUGAAGCAGUCACCAAAGUCACUUCAGUAAUUAGCUGGGAACAUCUCCAUGAAGCCAGUGGCUAACAGAGUUUUCAUCUCUGUAUGUUUUGUGUUAUCUUUUAUAUAUUUCUAAAAAUCUAAUUUGUAUUUUUCUAUAGAAAAACAGUAAAAGAUCGGGCCAUACUUAGGGGCUUCUUUUCCUGUUAGUAAAUAAAAUUAAAGAAUUUGUUUGACAAAAGUUAAUCUUUAAGCCACUAAAAUACGUAGACUGUUUACUAUUGAUUUUUCUACACAUUGAAAUUGGUAUCAGUCAUAGUUUCCUGAAGUGUUUAGUUAAACCUGAAUGAAAAAAAUUGCUUCCAUUGUGAAAAUGCUUGUAACAGACCUACUUCCUGUAGCCAUCUAGUUACGCCUGGCUUUCCUCUCUGGACAGCAGGUUGCUAAAUGAGGCCCUGUCAGCCCUGUGUGCAGAAUGGGGAGGGACCAGUUAACUGAAAAGUCAUUUCAUGUGUUAUAUUAAAAUGUACAAAGGCAAAUGAGUUUUUAACAUAGAACACAAACUUAAAGGAGUCUGCACCAUGACUGUCUGGGCUGUGCCCUCUACCUCGGGAUGUAAUGGGAGGCUGUAAGCCCCAUUCUGAAACUUCACUAGAAAAUUUGAGUCUCACGUCUAGUUGGAUGACAUUUAAGCGCCACAGUUUUUAAUUACUGUAUGUUGCUGCAUUUAUUGAAUAAUGAGGUAACGAUUGUAUGUGAAGUUUCCUCCAUUUUUCUUCUUGAAAAAUAGAGAUAUAGGCUGAGAAAAAUUUAAAGAUAUGUGUUUGAAUUAAGUAUGAAGGUGACUCACUUCAAAGCUGAAAUGGUUAAAUGUGCAGCUUGGUUUGCAGAGGGCUUUAGGCUUAAGUCCUACAGUCCGGGCUGAUACCAUGAUGUAGAAACACUGAACUGGGCUGCAAACUGUCCUCCUACUACAUGUGAACAAAUGGAUGUUUCGCAACCUCCAUUCUCUGCUUGGCCGACUUACCAGCCCAGGAAUCUGCCCAGGAAUCUCACAAGCCGAAGUAGGAGCAGGGCUCCUCUCUAGCCUGCCACAACCUGGUGCCUUACAAAGUCGUGUCUUUUGUGUCCACGUGUGAAUGACGCUGGGCAGAAUCCUGUACUUGAAAAUGCUGUAAAUGGGGUGGUAUGAAAUAAAUUCUCACCUGUGGAUACUAA